AUGGCGGGAACAACCUCCUCGACGGACUCCCUGCCCCAGGCCGACGACGAACCCAAAUCGCCGAUCCCGCUCGAUACGCUCGUGAACCAUCUCCUCGUCUCCAAGCGGUCCCUAUCGUCCAUGAACCUCGUCCUCCGCGCCAACGAGCUCGCCACCGCCGCCCGCCGGGCCCACGAAGAUACGCUCAUGCUCGUCGCCCAGACGACCUUCAUCCGUGCCGCCAUCGUCGACCAGAUCUCCAUCCUCGUCCGCGUCCGCCGAAGCUUGAAUGCGACGUGCGAAUGGGGCCAGCGGGAUUUCAAGAGACUCAUCCGCGCCAUGGACGACGUCAACCACCACCUCGCCGCCACCAUGUCCAUGCUCAAGACGACGACGGUCCAGGCGGACCUCCGACCCCCGGGCGAGUCGCGCCGCAGCCUGCUGGACUUUGUCGACGAGUCGGGAGUUCACAGCACACGCGAGGUCAUGAAGGCCAGCAUUCAACAGCUGCAGGCCAUUCAGCGGUCGCUGGACGGGGACCUCUUGCGGUUUGAAACGGACAUCCGCGCUCUCAAGCAAGCCAUCAACCAAUCGACGCCGCCCGCCGACGACGGGAGGGGAGAGGGGCGACCCAUGGUCGACGUGCUCAUCGGCAUGGAUGAGAACUCGUCGGCCAUGGCCCAGCUGCUUACCUCGCUCACCAAGCACUUCGACAUGUGCGUCACCGCCAUCCGUACCACCGAGGGCGCCGCCGCACUCGCCCGUAGGAAGGUGGCCGAGUCUCAGGGGAACGACGUCGUCUCCAUCUCGGGCGUUAUCGCCGAGCAAGAAUCGCACAUGUCUAACCUCGAGCCCAAGACGGCCAAGGAUCGCGAAGAAAUGUUCAAGGUCGUCCUCCAGGAUGCCAAGGAGGUCGACGACGUCGUCGGCGAAAUCCACGAUCGGCUCGCCGCCAUGGAAUCCGACCACGACCUCCUGCAAGAGGAGGCCAAAAAGGCCGAGACCGCGUCCGCCGUCGUCAUGUCCGCCUUCUCCACCUUGCGCGACGUCGGCGACCGGCUGGCCAACUACCUGGCGGCCGAGGGCGACUUUCUCCAGCGCUGGGGGCACGAAAAGGAAGCCAUCUUUGACCGGAUCCGCGAGAUGAAGGACAUGCGCACCUUUUACGAGGGCUACUCCAGCGCCUACGCCGGUCUGGUUCUCGAGGUCGACCGCCGUCGUGCCGUCGACAAGCAGAUCGAGGACUGCUGGCGUAGGGCUCAGAGCAGCGUCGACAAGCUGCUGGAGGCCGACGGCGCCGCCCGCAAGUCCUUCCACCACCAUGUCGGCGAGUUUCUCCCCACGGAUCUCUGGGUUGGCGUUCAGGACACACCAAAGACGUGGAAGGUUGUCGUCGACACCUCGAAGGAGGCUGAUGCAGCAGCCGAGGACCAGCGAUAG